AUGAGUACAGCUUCCGGACCUAACGUCGUCAUUAUUGGUGGCUCUUACGCAGCCCUUCAUGCUGCAACUAUUGUUGCUGGUCUUCCGAAAGUUGGUACAAUCACCUUGAUCUCCCAAUCUCCAUCAGCGUUCUUCAAUAUUGGAGCCCCGAAAUUGCUUACCCAGCCCAAUUACUUUCCGGCAUUUUUAGUUCCCGUCGCCGAUCAGCUCGUGACUAAUACUUCCAACAAGGCUACUCUUGUUUUGGGUCUGGUCAACAAUAUCGAUCUCAGCGCCAAGAAGAUUCUGGUCAUUAAUCAAGCCAAUACAAUGGUUACAUACUCCUAUGAUAUAGUCAUUGUUGCCACGGGAUUUCUGACCGCUUUUGCCGGCUUUGGUGUCAACAAUGACAUAGCUGCUACACAGAAUGCCAUUUCGAACACUGGUCAGGCAUUGAAGACAGCUAAGACUGUGGCAGUAAUUGGCGGAGACGAUUAUGGUGUCCAAACUGCUGGUGGAAUUGCUGAAACAUUCCUGCAAGCAAAAGUGACUUUCUUUUCACUCAUGACAGCGCCCAUGAUUGACAAAGGUUUAAGCGCAAAAGCUACUAAGAAAUUGAAUGCCUUGAAGGUUGACAUCAUCAACAAUGUCAAAGCCUCUGGUGACCCUAGUACUGGUAUUGUUACCUAUCCAGACGGAACAACUGCGCAAUUUGACAUCGUCAUUAAUUGCUUCUUGAAUACACCAAACACCAGUUUUCUUCCCGCCAGUGUCCUUGAUAAAUCCAAUUCGGUAGUAACAAGAGGCUUACAAAUAAAAGGUUUUGAGGAUUCCGCGUUUGCAUUCGGUGAUAUUGUCUCUGGUAGCCCAAAGACUCUUCUUGAUCUAAGGAUGGCCCAAUCUCCGAUCCUUCAACAAUCUUUGAAGACUGUUGCAGCCAGCUUCCCAAAAAGCUCUGGAAACACAAUUCCUACUUACAAACCAUACAAAAGUUUGACUAUCGUUCCAAUUGGAGCCAAGGGUGGUGUAGGCAAAUGGGGUAUAUUUCCAAUACCCAGUUUCGCUAUCAGCUUGAUAUACAACUACAUGGCGGGCCUUGCCCAAGUGCUGUUUCAAUAA